AUGGCGGAGGACAAGGAAAGUGCAGGUACUAUGGCUAUAGUGAAAGAGGUCCACAAAAAAAUCAGUGAAGCAUUUGAUCUGUUUGACGAUGAGUGCAAUAAGACCGUGGACGUCAGAGAGAUUGGCACCAUCAUACGGUCCCUUGGCUGCUUUCCUACUGAGGCAGAAUUACAUGAAGUUAUCACAGAGAUCGAGGAAGAGGAGCCCACGGGAUACAUACGCUUUGAGAAGUUCCUGCCGACUAUGACCAACGUGCUGAUGGAGCGUAGGUUCCGGCCAAUCCCAGAAGAUCUGCUCCUCCAGGCCUUCGAGGUCUUGGAUCAGGGCAAGAAGGGCUACUUGGAACCCGAGGAACUUAAAAAAUAUAUGACUCAGGAAGGAGAGCCUUUUAACCAAGAUGAGAUGGAGGAGAUGCUGUCAGCAGCGGUGGACCCUGACAAGAAUGUCAUCUUCUACAAAGACUUUGUGAGCAUGAUGACCAUUGAGGACCGCUGAUGACCACUGGGACCCCUCUUCC